AGUGCCCUUCUGACUUAAUAAUAGGGAAUAUUGAUAAGCUGGCAUCACCCCAGGAGCCAGCUACCUAACGUACCGAUGUAAUGUAAGCGAGGUCAUGUAACACUAUCUCGUCACUAUUCUCUACGUCUCUCAUGCAGCGGGAGACAUGAGUUUUUUAUUCUUGCCUUUUUGGAAUUUAAGAACAGAGAACCAUCUUACUAUCUCUGCUGACAAAUAGAACGGAGUCACCUUGGAGAAUAUAGGACUACAGCUUGCGAAGAGGAGAGGAUGAUAGAAAUAAAAGACUGGAAUAUACAACAAGAAGAAAGUUUAAAAGAAAAGUAAUUUUGAAAUAGUUUAUGAAAUUUUGGGUAGAUCAUUCAGAUGGCUUGCCAGAUUGGUGUCCUAUACUUUCAGGAAGAUUAGCACAAAAUAUUGAACCUCAGUCUAUUUCAAAGUAAAAGUCUUAAGCAGUUCAUAAUUUUCAAUGGUUUCAUUUGUACCAUAAUUAUCAUCAGUAAAUGCCUUAAGGGGUUAAAAUAAUAGAUGCAGUAUUACCCGUUUGUUUGCUAAUGGCUGAACAGGUCCCAGAAAACAUUGUGUGUUGAUCCUUGUGUCUGUCAUGUUGAGAAUUCGUUUUAAGCGAGAGCAUCAGCCCUCUUGUUCCGAAUGAUUAGUAAAGCUUAUGCUGGUAUAAGGACCUGGAACAUAUAUGACAUGAUUAAUAAGUCCAACUGUUAAUUCUUGAUGAUUUUUGCAAUAAAAUUAUUUCCGAAUAGUCUUAGUUCAUGCGUUCAAUUGUGUUUGGUCAGUAGAGGAAGAACAGUUUACUCCAGCUAUUCAGAGGCUCAGUAGCUCCUAAGGAAAGACUUUGAAGAUGGAGGGGAAAUCAUAUUUUGGCAUUACGGAUUACAUCAUCUUUGCCCUGGUCCUGGCAGUGUCUUCAGUCAUUGGGAUCUACUUCAGGUUCACUGGAGGAAAACAGAAGACAUUUAAGGAAUACUUGCUGGCAGACAAGAGUAUGUCAGUCCUCCCAGUUGCAUUUUCUCUCAUGGCAUCGUUCAUGUCUGCCAUCACCAUCUUGGGAGUGUCCAAAGAGAACUACAUGUUUGGGACACAGUUUGUAGUCAUCAACAUUUCAUACAUCAUUUCUACACCUAUUGUAUGCUACCUGUAUUUGCCGGUAUUCUUCAGACUGCAGAACAUCAGUGUGUAUGAGUACCUGGAGAGGAGGUUUGGGUUACUGACUCGGCUGUCUGCCUCUAUCGCCUUUUCUCUCCAGAUGACCCUUUACAUGGGCAUAGUGUUGUAUGCACCGGCACUUGCUCUCUCGGCCGUCACAGGAGUAUCUUUGACUUGGUCCAUCAUUGCCGUUGGGGUGGUGUGCACCUUCUACUCCACUCUUGGGGGAAUGAAGGCUGUCUUGAUCACCGAUGUCUUCCAGUCGUUGCUUAUGUUUGUUGCAGUUUUUGCUGUGGUAACUCGUGGUGUGAUGGACUUUGGUGUUGCUGACAUUUUCAGGAUUGCCAGUGAAGGUGGCAGAUUGGAGUUUACGAACUUGUCGCCUGACCCUCGAGUGAGACACACUUUAUGGAGUCUAGGUAUUGGUGGAUGCUUCACUUACUGCUCCCUGUAUGGGGUGAACCAGGCCCAGGUCCAGAGGCUUCUAACUAUUAGAGAUCUCCAUCGAGCUCAAGCUUCACUCUGGGUCCAGUGGCCUAUUCUUACUCUCCUUAGUCUGUCUACAUCAUUUGCUGGGUUGGUGUUGUAUGCUCAAUACCAAACCUGUGACCCCAUCAAGAAUGGCCGUAUCUCUCAGUCUGACCAGUUGUUACCACUGUAUGUUGUGGAGACUAUGGGGAUGGUACCAGGGCUCUCAGGACUGUUUGUGUCAGGAAUCUUCAGUGGUUCCUUAUCAACAGUGUCUUCUUCUGUAAAUUCCCUGGCUGCCGUCACAAUCUACGACUUCAUUCUGCCUUUUGUACCAAGCCACCUGGGUUUAAAGGAAAAACAGGCAACAAAAAUUAGCAAAUUUUUUGCCUGUGUGUAUGGCAGCAUAUGUGUGGCUGUUGCCUUCCUCACACAACUUCUUGGGACAGGAGUCCUUCAGGCCUCCCUCACAAUCUUUGGUGCUGUUGGAGGACCUCUCCUCUCGCUCUUCACUAUGGGAAUGCUGUGCAAGUUUGUUAAUCAAAAGGGUGCUAUGUCAGGUCUUAUUUUGGGCCUUGUCUUCACUUUAUGGAUUGGCUUUGGCCAACCAAAGCCUCCACUUCCUUUUAAGCCUCUCUCUACUGAGGGCUGUCCCUCAGUGAACUCUACUGUGGAUAUACCAGAAAUGUUCAUUACAGAAAUUUCACAGAAUGUUGGAAAUGAAACUUUUGUGGAGAAAAUAUUAUAUUUGUCAACUAAUGACUCUGAUGUCACUAUGUUAGAAUUGUCAACACCUCUGUCAGCACCGACCAAAGGUAUAACAUUACUUCCAUCAAACCUUACUGUGAUGGAUGCUCCACAUAAACAAAGCACACCAUUCCUACAUGAGUUAUAUGCAAUAUCGUACAUGUGGGUGGCAGCCAUUGGGUUCAUGACAACUCUGGUCGUGGGUGUAGUAGUCAGCCUAGCCACAGGUGGAAAUGACAUACUGGACCCAGAGUUGUACUCCUCCUGGGUGUGUUCACAAGCAGCCAGCAUAUCUGAGAACUUGUGUACUGAGAAGUGCAACCUCACCAGCAAGACGGGUAUUGCACCAGUGUCCUCCUCAACCACAUUAAACCCAGAAGUUGAGGAGAUGUCUCAUUUAUGAUGUGUGUGUGUAAGUAAUGAUUACCAUGCAGACAUUGAACAAAGGAGGGUAAAGCUUGGGGGACUUAAAAUAGAGAAAGCUGAGAGGUAUAUAGGGUGUUUGUGGCCUUAAAAUCUUAAGGCACAGUAUAGUAAUUUAACUGAUAAUAUAAAAUUUACAAAUGGACUUCUUGCUUGCAAAUUUUCUUAUAAAAUUGAAGAGAAAUGUUGUAGUUAAAGACAUGGCUUACUGUAGACUUGGAGAUCUGAACACACAACUGCAGUGGUCGUUGUUAUAUUAGAUUUUGUCUGUUUUGGUAUUUGAUCUAUUAAUGUAAUGUUACCUAAGAUCUUCAUGGUCAUUUUAUUGCAGUGUAGUGAUAAUAUAUAUACGUACAGUAUUUUUGGUGGUUCUGAACCCUUAUUGUGAUAAUGUUAAGAAGAUAAACUAAAAAUGUGUUGCUUACUGUUUGGUGGAUCAGCUGUAGGAUGAGUAUUGUGAAUCACAUAGAAAAUAAGUUAAGAAUAAAUGUAUAAUAAGAAAUGACUUGCAUCCGAAGGCUAAAAGUCAUAUUUAUGCACAUACCUGAACAAUAUUAUGGUCUGGCUAAAUGAGCUUACCUGUAAAAUAGUCUUGACUGAUAUUUUUUGGUAUAUCCUCAUGAACACUGAUGGGAAUAUGUACUACUGUAUUGUGUUAUGACAGUGGAGUUGUGCCAGGAUUCAGGGUCUCAAUUAUCACCAUGUUAUUUCACAGGUUGACGAUGUUUAGCAAAACAAAUUUUUGUAAGUAAUUAUUUAUAUAUUUGAUAAUUAUAUUUUCCUUAUUGUAAACAUUGCUCAAGUUGAUGCUAAACAACUACCGUACUAUGGUACUCAUUGCAUCAACUUCAUAUUUAAUUUAUACUGAUACAUCAAGUUGCUGUCAAGAAUUUAGCAUUCCACAAAAACUUUGGCAGUGGCAAAUACUGUAUAUUUGUAUUGUCAAACUCCUCCAUUAAUCAAUAAUCACAUAGUUAUCUAAAUAAUAGUUCUCUGUCCAUGAGUGUCCCGCAUAGAAUACAGUAUAACAAACUUCUCAUAAUUCAUGGAAGCUAUAACUGCAAGUUUUACAUAGUAGUACAGUAGUAGGCAAGUAAAAAAAAAUAUAAGUUAAAAAAUAAUGUAGAAAUUGUGAUAAUUGUAUGAAUGUGCUGUAUGUCCUAUCAUCUUGCCUCUCUUGUUCUUGAUAGUGUACAAUCGAAGACAAAAGUAUUGUUCUCAUUCUGUCCGAUGAUCACGUACACCUAGCAAACCUUAUUGAAAGCCAUGCCACGACUAAAUCCUGGUAGUUGGCAAGCCUGAAUCCAACAAUGAAGCAUGUGCCAAAUGGUUUACCAUUUACGAGAUGUUUUCUUCAAUUUUCUGGACACGAAUUUUGUCUUUGACUGUACAGUAUAUUUUUGACGGAGAGAAUAAGCCAACAGUCAGAGGAGACAUUUAAACUUACUGUGUUGUUGGAGACCUCUAGAAUAUCCAUGUUUUACUAAGUUUUGUGUCAGAUGACUUGGGUUUACCAAAAAGAAAAUAGUCAUAGCCUCUAGUGAGCCAUUUGUUCAACUGUUAUGUCAUACAGAUUAAAGUCCUCUGGUUUGGCACCCUAUGGUCCGGCAUGUUUUUUGAUUGGCUGGCUUGGCACUAGUUUGUGAAAGUAAAACUACCACUUCCAUAAGGUCCACUUUAAUACUAUUCCCUCCAAACACAUUUGAUUAAAAAUUUAUUAAAUUUAAUUGUUAUUUUCAAUACAAGCCCAUGUUUUGGUACAGUAGUGGAAUUUUUCUUCAGCUGACCUAAUGUGAUUCUGAAAUUUCUAAGGUCUGAUGCCAGUCUAGUCCCAAGGGUGUGAGAUUAUAGGGGUUGACCUAUAUGUAUAUUGUUGUACAGACAAUGUUUCACUCUUGUUCUGAUUGUGAUUUAUAAAUUAACUACCAAGGAUAAAUGUUUAUAUACUUAACACCUACAUUAUCCAUAUAUUUGAAGACUUGACUGUUUCCUCUCAUCUCUGUGUUCUUAAGUGAUUUACCGUACUGUAUAGUAUGUAGUCUCGUAUUUAUUUUCUUCAUUAUUAUCGUACCCUAAUCAGAAUUAUGCACAAUGUACCGAGUGCACAGGAUGUCUGUGUUUUACACUGUGCUGCUGAUAUAAAGAAUAUAAAUAUCUCAACAAACCACUUUAUCCACCCAUAACAGAGUUUAUUUUUUAUGCAUUAUGGUAAUUGAAAAUGUCAGACAGCAAUGCCUCCACCUCUGUGACAGUUAAAUAUUCUCGACACUAUUGUAUGUAUUUUAGCAGGUGUUAAAUUAUUUUUUUAUUGGAUUUUAAAAUAUUUUGAGAUGCAAUAGGUGAGCUUACUAGUCAAGAGAAGACAGUCAUGUGAGGGAGGUGUUUACAUGGUAGCUAACUGUGCUUCCCAUUCCUGCAGCUUCAAGUUUGUAUUCAAAUGUUUGAGAAGUAAAUCUCAUCGGGCAUAUUUACCCAAGAGGUUGUGUGAUACCAUUAUAUACAACUUUGUAUUAUUGUCUCCGAUGUGAAAAAUUACAGACCCGUAUUUCUUCUCCACUUCUUAAAGAGUGAGACUAAUUUUAUAUUGCAGAAAUGUAAUUCAUUCAGAUGAUUGAUGGUACUGUAAUAGUAUAUACAUACUGUAACCUUACAUCUGGAUUGAGGAACCCUGUAUUGACUAGUAACUAAUAGAUGGUUUUAAUCUUAAAAUCUCAUUUUAAAUAUUCUACAAUACAGUGCAGUCCAUGUGAAGUUAUUCAGAACACCUUCCUGUGAGAUGAAGUAAGUUGGAUCUGGGGUUGUUAUUCAUGAACAAACAUUUUUAUAACUGACAAAUAAGCAGAUUGGAGUUUGCUUAUGCUCAUAGCAAAAUUCAAGGCUUCUGUUUUUAGGAACUUGACAGGUUUACAGAUGAGAAAUAACAGGUUUCUAAUUUAUUCAAUACAGGGUAUACAGUACAGUGCAGUAUUUAGAUUCUAGUGACAGGUCAUUACCCUGGGGUCUGGGUUUAUAACCUGCACACUUGCCGGCUAAUACAAUUGCUUGAUAUAGAUAUCAUUAAAAAAAAACAUGAUUUUUAGGAUCAAUCCUCCAUUUUGAAGGGAUUGCUCCUUCAAUCUAAUUGUAGAAAUUCCAAAACUUCUACUGUUAGUGUAUGUUAUUGAUGAGUGAUUCCCCUUUAUUAAUGCUGUAGAUAGUCAGUUACAGUGAAGAAAGUACGUAAUAAAAGUGAUUUAUUUUUUUUUACACACAUGAAUUAGUGAUAACAUUACCGGGUAAAUACUGUAUGCUUUCACACUGGAGUCUUAAAAUUGUGAACUUAUUUUUGUGCCGUGUUAUAUUUACAUAAACUGUGCCCGAGAUGUGUGCUAUAAUUAUACUUUUACAUGUAGUUACCAGCUUUGUGCUGUGGUAUGUUUGAUAGUAAAAUAUUUUAUAAAGAGUUGUUGCUUCUAUGAACUAUUGGUCUAGGCAUGCAAGAAGGAUUGAGAAAUAUAAGUGAUAAUGUAUAAACAGAAUUAUAGUCAUUUAUGUGUGUUUAGGACCAAUUAUCUAAAUUAACCUCUUCUUAGGGAGAUGUAUCAGUAAUAAUCUUAUGAUACAUUAAAGCGAGUUACUUUUUUUUUUGUUCACAUCUCUCAGAUUAAAGAACUAGAUUCAUUCUAAUUAUCUGCUUAUCCAUUUCACCUCACUAAACACCCUAUUUUUAUGAAGAGGAAUUUAAUCAGUCCUAUACCAAUUUUCAAGUAAAAAAUAGCAACUAAAGUUAAAAGAAUUAAACAUGUUAAAUCCUUGGCCCAAACCAAAUACUGUACUGUGAUAGAGUAGUAAUGCACAUACAGUAUCUCUAACUGAUAUGGCAACGAUUCAGGUCCUGCUUGGCCCAGGCACGUGAGAGGGGUUGUGUUCUCCAGUGUGACACUACCAAACAUCACAGGUUUCCCAGACUCUGGUUCCUUCUGUAAUAACACUGGAUGAACCAGUCGCCCAAACACCUAUAGUACAGUAAGCUGAUUAGUGAUGAAUUGAUAAAAGGGGAAAAAAUAUAUAUAAAAAAACUGAAGUGGAUCAUGUAACUUCCCAGAACUUAAGUACAGUAUAUACCUCCUUCACUGACCGUGCUCCACACUGGCUUCUGCUGCACGCUACUCUCAUCACAUGAUCUCUGACUAUUUUUAUAAUGUAUACAUUUUAGUCUCAUUUUUAUUUCACUGAAGUGUGCUUGUUUAGUGCAUUUUCAAGAUUGGUUAUUUUUUCUCCCAUCUUAUAAUUUAGAUAUAAGUCUAUAUUCUUACACUGAUCUCUGUUAUAUAGGUUAAUCAAAGAAAUUUUGCAAUACAAUAUGCCCAAAUGUAGCUGUACCUAAGUUUGCAAGGCUUCCUUUAAUCUGCAAAUAGAUGGGCCUUGAGUAGAAAAACUAAGACAAGUGGGAAGUAAACCCUUGCUUAAAUACAUUAUUGACUCGUAUAUUUGUGGUCAUCUUCAUGAAGGGUGUUAAGGCCAAGUGGUUAUACAGCUCCAACUGUCAUAAAGGUCGCUGAUUCACACCCAUGGCACCCCCAGUAAGGGCAGUGCCAGUCACGCUGCCUCCUGGUGUACUGAAGGUUUAGUUUUUAGUAGAUAGUGUGCUGUACCCAUACUGCACCUAACUAGCUGUCAGACCAAUGGGACAUAUUUUAAGUAAUUCAACUUCAAGAAAGCUUGUCCAAGAGUGAUUUUAUUGACAAAGUCUUCCAAUAAUAAAGUGCAAUUAGACAUUUAGAAUUAUCAAAAGAUUUAGAAUUAGUUCUUUAUGUAACAGGAUACAUCAAUUAUGGUCCUGAAAAAAAAUUCAUAGCAUUGAUGUUAGAUGUUUAAGUGUCGAAGUUGUAUAUCUAGAUUAAUGUAUUUUGUUGGCAUUGGGCCAACAGCCAGUUACUUAUAGUUUUGCACAUCACCAUAUGAGUGAUGCACAUUUUCUCCCUUCUUGAAGGAAGGGACAACAGUGAUGAUGAAGAUGUCAGAAUUGUGAAGAAACAAGCAAAUUAACUUUACAUUAGUUUGCAAUAGAAAUAAUAAAGAUUCGACCCUCUCCAUGUUCCAUAAGUAAAGGAAAAAAUAUAGAUAACUGUAGGUAAUAUUAAGAGUAUUACAGGAUAUGAUAAUGAUGGUACUGUAACGUGCUGUUACUGUAUAUGGAAUAUCCAAGGUCAGUUUUAUUUACCCAGUGACCUGAGCAUCAGGGGCAACUUACUUUACUAGUGAAAUAUGUUCUUCACUGCAUGGUAAUUAGAGGGAUCACCUGAAGAUUAACCCCAAGUAAAUUUCACCAUAUUAACCUAACAAUAAUUUUGCACAUUAACCCCCCCCCCCCAAGGCAGAAUUAGGGCCCUUUAAUCAUCAGAUGAAAUAAGCUUGAGGCCUAAUCUUCAGCUGAUCCAAUUAAUGUUACAAAUCAGAAAAAAGUCUUCACAAUUUAGCAUGAAUAAUAACACCAUAGCUCUCUGCCCAUGGAAUAAAACCUAAUUGCAUAUUGUAUCUAUGUAAUAAAGAAGUGAAUCCCUUAA